CGUUAAUUAACACCGUAGAAGAAGAAGCUGGUCCUUACUUUCUAAAUGUAGUACUCAGCAGUUGUGCAGCUGGCUUGUUACAGAGCAUCUUUGGCUUUAUUGUGGUGACAGCGACAGAAACAGAGGGAGCGAAGCGAGACAGCCUGUGGACACACACUGAGGGAUCACUGUAACGUUACAUCGGAGGGACAUAGAGGAACUGUGUCCACAGUGAGGGACAGUGAGACAGACAGCAGCUGACAUGAGUGAAUCCACUGUGGACUCGAGCACGCUCUGCCUCUUCGAUGUGGACGGCACGCUCACAGCCGCGAGACAGCGUGUGACUCCACACAUGGCCGAGUUCCUUGAGAAGCUGAGGACUCGGGUUCGAGUCGGAGUGGUCGGAGGGUCGGACCUCAGCAAGAUCAAAGAGCAGCUGGGAGAUGAUGUGAUCCAGAAAGCUGACUACGUGUUUGCUGAGAAUGGUCUUGUGGCCUAUAAGAAUGGAGAGUUGCUCUCUGUACAGUCUAUCCAGGCCCAUAUGGGAGAAGAGCUGCUCCAAGACUUCAUUAACUUCUGUCUCAACUACAUGGCCAAGAUCAAACUGCCCAAGAAGAGGGGGACGUUUAUUGAAUUCCGUAAUGGCAUGUUGAACGUCUCCCCCAUUGGACGCAGCUGUUCACAGGAAGAGAGGAAUGAGUUCUACGAGCUAGAUAAGAAAGAGAAAAUUAGAGAGAAGUUUGUGUCCAUAUUAAGGGAAGAGUUCAAAGGAAAAGGAUUGUCUUUUUCAAUCGGAGGGCAGAUCAGCUUUGAUGUGUUUCCUGACGGCUGGGAUAAGAGAUACUGUCUGAGCUUUGUGGAGAAGGACAACUUCUCAGCUGUUCACUUCUUUGGAGACAAGACCAAACCUGGAGGAAACGACUACGAGAUCUACAGCGACCCGCGGACCAUCGGCCAUGAAGUCACCUGUCCAGAGGAAACCGAACAACUUUGUCAGCAGCUUUUCCUCUCAUGAGAGAGAAGCAGCAGAUGUUACUGUUACUGCUCACGUCUUUUUAACUAGACAGACAAGAGAGGCUUCUGUUGGAGGCCUUAUUGAUCUGUCACGAUCUUAUCUCGAGGUUUAAUCAUAGAAAUAAUUCAUUUAAUGCACAAAGAGCCAGUGUUAUGGCAUCUCUGGUAAAUUCGAGGAAAAAGAGGGAACACUCGCUGAUGAAUGAAAGGAGGGAUUUCUGGGUAUUUUUGAUUGGGGUUUAAGUGAAAGCUGUCUUGCCUUUAAAUGUGAUGGUAAAAGUAACGGUUUGAUUUUUUAUGAUGAGAUUCUAGCUUGUGUUAUUAACAUUACCUCAUGGUAAACCUUGAGCCAUAACAGUUAGCAACAAAAUGUUCCUGUUUGCAGAGACUAUCGAGGGGCAAAGUCCCUCCCCUUCUGGUUCCCCCCAAAAAUACGUACGAUAGUUAACGUCAAGACGAAUCAUUUUUGACCCUGUUUGAGUUGUGCCAUGAAUUACACAUAUGAUGUUUGUCAAUUUAAAAGACACUUUUACAAGUCAAAAAAAGUUGCAGUUUGUCAUAGUACCAUUUAGUUUCCGUGUGUAACCACUCAGGGAACUACGUCUCUUGUCACCAACACCAACAUGGCCGUUAUCCUAGCACAAUAUAAUAUCUGAGUCCAUAGGGACAUGGGUUGGGAACCAGAGGGUCACCAGUUCAAGUCCCCAUCCGGAUCAAAUAUGGAGUGUGGACUUGUAGCUGGAGAGGUUCCAGCUCACCCCCGGGCACAACCAAGGUGCCCCCGAGCAAGGCACUGAACCCCCAACUGCUCGGGACACCUGUCCAUUGGCCGCCCCUUGCUCUGACAUCUCUUCAUUUAAAGUGUGUAUAGGUCCUGUUUGUGCAUGUGUGUGUAUUUGACAACAGAGUGAAAAAAAUUUUAAUUUACCCUCUGGGAUUAAUAAAUUUUAUCCUCUUCAUCAUACCUGA